UGUUUUUGUAUUCCUUGUCUCAGUUCACGUUUCACAAAAUCAUGAAUGGCUUCAUUCGAAACACAAGUGCGGCCGUUGCCGAGCUGCCCGAGCCGCCAAACCAUGACCAGAAGCCCCGCCGCUGCGUCAACCACCUGGGCAUGUGGAGCGUAUCCUCUGCAAAGCACGGAUGCGGCAUGCAAGCCAUGCUCGACAACACCCCAACGACCUACUGGCAAUCGGAAGGGCAGCAACCGCAUCACAUCUCCGUCCAGUUUGAAAAGCGAAUGGCCAUUCAGGAAGUCUGGCUCUACCUCAAUUACAAGAGCGAUGAAAGUUACACGCCGUCCAAGAUUACGUUGGCAGUUGGCACCAACGUACUCGACUUGGAGGAGUGCUCAAUUCUUUCGGUAACCCAGCCAGACGGGUGGGUAUGUUUUCCCCUACCAGCAGGAACGGACCUCGUCUAUGGCAACCUAUUCCGCAUGUUCAUCACUGCCAACCACGAUAAUGGACGCGACAGUCACGUCCGGCAAGUCAAGUUGAUGGCACCACCAAGCGCAUUUCUGCCACCAGUGCUCCAGUUUCAGAAUGUUGAUUGGGCUCAACACGCAAGCUUACGGUGAUAGUUUUUUUAAUUGUAUAAACGUUGAAUCAACUAUGCAAAACAAAA